AUGGAGAAGGAGCAGUAUACGGACACCAAGACACAGAACCCUCCCAUCAUCCACACUCAGGCCUGUAGCAACUCUCAGCCCCAAAGCCACAUCUGCAACCAGUGCAACUGCAGCCACCAUUGCCAGAACUGCAGCUAGACCCGUAGCCGGAGCCCGAGAUACAGCUGAAGCCACAGCUCCAGCCAAAGCCCAGCCAGCCACCAUAGCCCAUCCGGCCACCACAGUCGGAGUCCAAGCCCCAACCCACCACCAGGACAUGACAAACGUACCAUGCAUUCCCACCACUGUCCCCACACAACCCACCACCCAUUCUUGCAGCUACACCAAGAAAAGAAAAACUUGGGAGGAAAAGAUAAGAGGAAGGUGGUCAAGAGGAGCCAGCAGGUAUACAAAACAAACACUGAAGCUCAGGCCACAGAACUCCCCAGGUGA